CAAAAACUCACGAAGCCAUAAGCAAUAGUCCGUCGCCCUCGAUCCUUUUUUACCCCCUCCCGUUUUCUUUUCCGUCCCCCGCCCUUCUCCAUUCGUCUGCCAGUCCUCUCUUCUUUAUCGUCUGUCAAACCCAAUGGCCGGAGCUCGCUCCUCAAUGGGCUCUCUUAGGAGACCCUUUCUUAUUGGAACAACCGUGGCUGUUGGUGGCUUUGUUGCCUACAAGUCAUACUCACCUCGCCCCGCUUCUCACACAUACUCUGUCGGGAAAGAUCGCGACACUGCUUCUACGGAUGGGCGUCCGAACGUGAUGGGUCGUGUUCCUGCGCCUCCAAAAUUUCCGCCCCUACCAACCAGAGAGGAACAGAUCAAUCGCCUGCGAGCUGGGACAGAGGGAAGUGGGUACGAUUUGUUGGUCAUUGGAGGUGGUGCUACAGGUAGUGGAAUUGCUCUGGAUGCUGCUAGUCGUGGCCUCAAGGUGGCGAUGGUGGAGCGCGACGAUUUUUCUUCGGGGACAAGUAGUAAGAGUACAAAACUUGUUCAUGGAGGUGUACGCUAUCUUGAGAAAGCAGUGAAGGAAUUGGAUUACAGCCAGUAUCAGCUUGUCAAAGAAGCGCUUAAGGAACGUGCAGUAUUCUUGACCACAGCCCCUCAUUUGAGUAUGAGUUUGCCUAUCAUGUUACCUGUUUACGAAUGGUGGAAGGCUCCAUACUUCUGGGUUGGAACUAAAGUUUACGAUUUCUUGGCUGGGAAAGAGAAUUUGGAAAGUUCAUACUUUUUGACUAGGGGUAAAGCCCUGGAGGCAUUCCCUAUGCUGAAAGGGAACGGACUGGCAGGUGCUUUGGUAUACUACGACGGGUCCCAUAACGACUCCCGCAUGAACGUAUCCAUUGCGCUUACAGCGGCGCUUUAUGGUGCCACUAUCGCCAAUCACGUGGAGGUGAAUGAAUUGAUAAAAGAUCCAGCUACUGGUAAGGUUACUGGCGUUAAAGAGGAGAUCAACUGGAUCCUUAACGAGGUCCGCCGCUACCUGGCUCCGGAUAUUAACGUGCGUCGUGGGGAUGUUCUCGCGGCCUGGUCUGGAAUUCGUCCGCUUGUCAAAGAUCCCGACGCUAAAAACACCGAGUCUUUGGUUCGAAACCAUCUCAUCAAUGUCUCGGAUAAUGGGCUCAUCACAAUCGCGGGAGGGAAGUGGACCACUUAUCGUCAAAUGGCUGAGGAGGCUGUCGACGAAGCUGUGAGAAGAUUCAAUCUCAAAACGGGACCGAUCGACUGCACCGACUGUAUGUCAACCAUACCAGAGUCUGAUGGCGGAGUCACCAUUGAUGGGAAAUGCAGAACGGAUCAAUUGAAACUGAUCGGCGCUCACGGUUACAACAAGACAUUGUUCAUUAACCUCAUUCAGCACUUUGGUGUGGAAACCGAGGUCGCCCAACAUCUUGCCGGUGCCUACGGAGAUCGCGCAUGGAUCGUCGCCUCACUAUCGGCCCCGACAUCGCAGCGCUUUCCUGUCCGUGGUAAACGCUUGUCCACCCUUUAUCCGUUCAUUGAUGGGGAGGUAAGGUAUGCCGUUCGUCAUGAGUAUGCGCAGACAGCGGUGGAUGUUAUUGCACGCAGAACUCGUCUUGCAUUUUUGAAUGUUCAGGCAGCCCUUGAGGCCCUUCCUGGCGUCAUUGACAUCAUGUCUGAGGAGUUGAAGUGGAGCAAAGACCGGAAGGGUAAAGAGUGGAAAGAGGCCGUCAGCUUCUUGGUUAGUAUGGGCUUGCCGGAGAAGAGGGUUCGUGUGACAAGGAAGGAAGUAGAGGCUGGUAUCGUGAGCCAGUGGGGUGUUGAAGAGAAGUCCUUCUCAAGACACGGUACGUUUCCCAAUCCCAAAUUCCGAUAUAAUUACCGCAAGCGCUGA